AGGCAAAGGGAGAAGCGCGUGGCGACCACGACGGUAGCUAACCUGUUCGACUAAAUUCCCCAGUUGUCAUAAACAAGCCAAAAUCAUUUCCCAUCCUCUUCACAUUCUCAUCUACUCCCCUCUCUCUCUCUCUCUCUGAACCUUUUCACCAUAUUUCUCUCUGCCUUUGUUCUCAAGAUCUUUGCGAAUGAUAAUAAUCGGUAGGAUUCGGAUCACAUCUAUGUUGGGAUGCAGGAACGUGUUAUUGGGUGUUAAGGUUUCUGUUUCGAUCAACCACCGCAAUGGAUUAUACUUUUGGAGGCCUGAAUGAAGAUCCUACGCCUUCUCAACUGGACAUUCUCCGGUGCCCAUUCUUGAGGAACAUCAAUGAGCCCACUAAUUUCUCGUUUUCUUCAUCCCUUCCUCUUCCCAUGCCUGUACGAACAGGGAAAGGGCCAAUUUUUGAAGAUGGACCUAAUUUUGAUAUGGCCUUUAGGCUUUUCCAUGGGCGUGAUGGAGUAGUCCCGCUCUCGUCGGAGACAGAGAAGCCUGUGCUUUCCCCUCCUGUAUUCCAUCCUCUUGCUGCAAAGGCAGCAACAAUUAGUCUUUCAUCAUUUGGACCUGGAGGACCCUUUGGUUUUGAUGCAUUUUCUGAGAUGUGGAAAAAGCAAAAGAAAAUAUCAGAAUCAUCCAAGAAGAAGGAUUCCUCUUCCAAGGGUGGUAACUCAAACCACGAAUCUAUGAGCAACGAAUGGCUUCAAACAGGAAACUGCCCUAUCGCAAAGUCAUACCGAGCUGUCAGUGGGGUGCUACCGCUUGUUGCAAAGGUUUUGCAGCCUCCUCCAGGCAUGAAACUGAGUUGCCCACCGGCAAUAGUCACAGCCCGAGCGGCCCUUUCAAAGACCGCUUUCGCAAAGAACCUCAGACCGCAGCCCUUGCCAGCCAAAAUACUUGUCAUCGGAAUGAUGGGCAUGGCACUGAACGUGCCUCUAGGCGUAUGGAGAGAGCACACGGAAAAGUUCUCACCGUCCUGGUUUGUGGCCGUACAUGCAGCUGUUCCAUUCAUAGCUAUACUGAGGAAGUCGGUAUUGAUGCCGAAAACUGCAAUGGCGUUUACCAUAGCAGCGUCGGUGUUGGGGCAAGUGAUAGGAUCAAGGGCAGAGAGGCAACGGCUCAGGUCGGUGACCGAGAAGAAGAAACUGACAGUGGGAACUACUGACCUGCAAGUUGUCGGAGUUUCAGACGGAAACUGCAGCUCCAACGCCUUGAAAUGGAACCCGAUGUCCCUCGAAACCAUUGCUAGUUCUUCGUCGGCAGCCGAUGUGGUCUGCUAAAUGAUUUUUCCCCCUCAUCGUUGAGCCAAUAUGCAUGUUCUUUUUUUUUUUCGUUUCGGCUUUAGUAUUGUAAUCUUUCCAUGGUUGAGAGAAACAGAAUAAGAAAAGCCCUUUUGUUGUAUUGAAAUGUAAAAACACUGCAUUUGUUGUGGUUUUGCAUGUCUUUAUGCAUAUCUAAUAAAAAAAAUUAAUUAA